CCCAGCGCUCGCGGCUGCAGUUCCAGACCCUGUACCUGCUCCUCCGGCUCCGCGCGAGGGCCAUGGCGGCGGCGGUGACAGCCCCUGGUGUCUCGGAGCCUUUGUUCCUCGCGGGGCAGCCUGGCCCUAGUCGCCCCUGCAGGCAGUGGCGGGUGCCUGGAGCCCCCAGGCCUGGGAGCAAACACUCCCACCGAAGGCAAAGGUGUCAGCUAUCGACUCCCCUCGGUGAUGGAGGCGCUGUCCAGCGGAGGGCUCCUUGGUGAUGCUGUCACUGGGUGAAAUAGGGACGGGGGUUUGGAUCGUGACAUUGUCCGGGAGGGAAGCCAAGCACGUUUGGGGUUGCAGACAGGGAUUGAGGGGUGCUGUUGAAGCCAUUUGUGAGGAGUGGAGGUACCAAUUUGCUGUCUCCCGAUGGUGCCUUGGUGGUCACACAGCUGGUGGUCAGGUAGGACCCCCACAGGAGCAGGCCGGAGGUGCAGGCUUCUUGGGGAACAGGGGCGAACACAGUAAAGAGGUCCCCCCAGGAAACCUGGCCAUUUGUCUAGUGCUCCCACUCCUGGCAGGGGCAGGCUGUUGCACGUGGGAAAUCCUUUGGAUGGAGUCCAGGGGCAAAGUGGGCACCCGCAGGCUUUGGGAAGAGGACUUUUGCUGGGGAGAGCCUCCUGCCCUGGUCAGCCAGGCAGAAGGCCACUGUGGGGAUCCAGAGCUUGGGGGAGGGGGUCUGCUCCUCUCCCUUGGCAUGUUUUGGUGUCCAUGGUGCCUGGAGCUGUCCACCCUGAUCUGUGAGUGCCAAGCACCUGGGGGUCUCAGCUUCCUGUCUGCACACCCAUGUGGAAGCUUCUGGAGGAAAGGGCUUGGCCAGGAGCCAUCUCUGCAGUCUCCUUGGGAGGGCUCCAGGGUGCCGUCACGGGCAGCUGCCCACGUAGACCAGGAUAAAUGAGGCCGUGUCCGGCAUCAGAUGGUGACCCUGUCAGAGGGCAGUCUUGGCUACAGCGUGUGCUGACCGCGAGGACCAUGGGUGGGGGGCUCAUGCCCAGAGGCACAGGGUUGGAGCCGCGGGGGCAGCAGGGUCUGGCCUAGGAGGUGUCUAAGCCGCGGCUGGUAGGGGUCUUGCCGAGAAACAGCCUGGGGUGACCCCAUGUGGUCUGAAUAUGGAGGGAAGAGAACCAGAGGGCAGCCGGGUGGCUGGGAAUCAGGAACCACACUUGGAGUCUAAAGAGAUGGGUGGAAACAAACCUGCCAUGAAUAACACCCCACCCCCACCCCCAAAAAACCCCAAAACCUGGGAGUAUCAGAAAAGGGAAGUAUCCCAAAGACGAGGGAGAGAAAGUUCUAGAAGGAUGGGGUAGAACAGAUUCAGCCAAGGGAUCAAGAAAGAAAAAAAAUCAAGGGACAGGUUUCGGCCCAGCAGGAGGCAGCGUGAGAGCUGGACCUGUACAGAGGGAGGGGUCUUUGGGGGGAUGGCUCCUGGGUCUGGGAAGGAGGGCUUCUGCGGACUCACUCUUCAGCCUGACGGCCAGGCGGUGGGGACGGCCAGGCGGUGGGGACGGCCAGGCGGUGGGGAGGUAGACACGCCCGCACACACUUCAGGGCUGAGUUGAGAAGCGGGUGGAGACUUGGCCAGACAAGUCAGACACAGGUCACUGUCAUCCAUGGCACCCAGCCCUCUCCAGACAGCUGCCCCCACUGCCACAGCUUGUGUUCCUGCAGGUUCAGGGCUGCCUUGGGGACAGACAUCCAGAUUCGCCCCCGGGUCAGGGUCUGGCUGGGCCAGGGCUCAGCAGGACGGAAGCCUUCUGCGCAGCGGGCCUCAGGGGUGGCCUGGCCCAGCCUGCCCGGGGCCCUCAGGCCGGCGCCCAGGCUCUGGCUCCGUGUCUUCACUCCCGUGUUGUCCGAGGAGGGAGGGAGGGACGGGGGCUGUGCUAGGGCGGCCGGAACAUCGCAGGUCACCGGGCCGGCUGGGCGAGGUGGCCGGGCAGGGCCAGGGCUGCAGAGGAGGCUACAGGGAGGGCCCUGCUCCCGAUGGCCGGCCAGCCAUGCCGAGGAGACCCUCCCAGAACCAGUGCGGGAUGGGGGAGCACCAGUGCUCCUGGGCUCCAGUGGCCUGGCCUCACCUCUGCAUCCACCUCCUCCUGGCUGCAGGUUGGGUGGGAGGGGGUCCACUGGGACCCCAGCAUUCGAGAGGGAGAGCACAGCAGUCUGGUUUCCUCCUGGCAGCCCCAGUCCUUGGGCCACUGACCUGUCUUGGCCCAGCCUGAAGGUGCUGGCCUGCCUACCUGCAGCACAUGCCUAGCAGCGGGUCCGGGUGCCCUGGUACAGCUGAGCCCGGGGUGUAGACUUAAGGCCCCUGCUGACACCUGCAGCCUCCUGCCCGAGGCACGGCCCGGCCCUCAGGGUGGACUCCCCCAGGUGCGCUCCCCACCCCUCCUGUGGAGGGGGACAUUCUUGCCCAGCUGAGGCAGCGGAGCUCAAGACCGCCCCCUCAAGUAUACAUGACCCGUCCUCACACAGUCCCAUGGCGGUGUCCCUUGUCUGCCGAGCCCAGACGGCCAUGGCCAUGGGUGUGGGGCAGCUGCGGUUUCUGCAGACUGCGUCGGGAAGGCGCAGGCCCCGCUGAGUCAGGGUCAGUCAGACUGCAAGAGUGGAGGGCGGCCCUGGGUGCGGACGGAGAUUCUGUGCCUCAUCCUUCCCACCUGAGCUGGAAGGGGACGGGGGCCCUGUCCACCAGGCUCUGGCAGGGUGGACCUGGGGCCCCAACAGGCUCCCACAGGCCCCUGCCUGAAAGGCCUGGCAGCAGCUCAGACGCCUGUCCCCCCAGCAGGCCUCUGGCUUAGCAGGGUGUGGCCAGAGUGGUCACCUAGCUCCUGGCCCUGUCUGCCCAUCAGUCCUGUCCCUCCUCAGGUGGGAGCUUGGUGGCAUGCCGUGUCCUGGGAUGUGGCCCCUUCAAGGAGCAGGCACCCAGGUGGGGUGAAGGAGGGUGUCAGCAGGGGGCACAGGAUGGGGGCCUGGGGGCAGCACUGCUCUCGUGGUCAGCACGUGCUUCUUCCCGCGUCCAGCCUCCUCCGAAACACCCACCUACAAUCGCCCCCUUUCUCUUGAGACCUGCUUGAACCGGGGGUGUCCCUGAACAAGGACCCCACUUCUCCUGUUCUCCUGCCAGCCUUGCUCCCCCUCAGCUCUCGGCUGUGGGACGGAGGCUCCCUGGGGGCUGUGCUGAAGGAGGAGCCGUCGUCCACACCCCAGGUGGGCUCUCCUGGCCCCUCUGCCCCCACCAGGCAGCCUGGCACCUGCAGCUCGUAUCCAUGCUGGGUCCAGGGCAGAGGCCACAGCAGGACCCCAGACGGUCUGGUCCCUCCACUUUCAGCUUCCCCUGGGUGCUGAAGAGCCCUGUGCCGCGUGCGCUUGACGCCCGGGCUCUGCAGGGUGAAUUCAGCCUGACCGCAGACGCCCCACUCCAGCCCCAGCUGGCUUGGGGGGAGGCAGCGGCCCCAGGUCCUGCAGGUGGCCUGAGCCCUCUUGUGGCUGGCUAGAGGCUAGUGGACCUCUCUGUCCACACCCGAGGCUCAGGUCCCGGCCGGCAGACCUCUGGGCCCACCUCCCAGCAGAGCUGCACCUCCCCGUGACCCCUCUGGGUCACCUUGAUGCCCUCUGCCUACUGAGGGACGGGCAGCUGUGAGCUUCCCACCCUCGAACUUGGGUCCCCAGACCCCUCCCCACUCCCUCCUGGACACAGAGGUUGGCCUGUUCCUCCCAUGUCUUCCCAUGACCCCACUCCGCAGGGGUCAAAGCCACAUAAGGCUGGCCCCAGCCACCCUCCAGCACUCCUCCACUGCCUGUGGGCGCUCCCCAUUCCCACUGGCCCUCCCUGCACCCUGACCCAGGAGGGCACCAGGGGAGCCCCACCAGGUGGUAGUGUGGCUUGGUGGACAGGCCCAGGGUCCCCUGGAACAGAGUGGCCCAGCGGGUGUGGGUCUGAGCAGCUCGGUCUCCUCCCGAGGCCAGGAACCUUGGUCCUGGUCUGUACAGCAAGGUCCUUUAACACUGGAUCUUGGGGCCACGCACUUGUCCCUGGUUUUAAACAGCCGCACGUGCACCGUGGGCUCUGUGGGGCCAAAGCCUGCCCUUGUCCCCCAGGCGGUUGGCGGUCAUGCUGUGUGGCACCGUCCCGAUGGUGCUGCUGGAAGCCGACGCCCAGCCGAGCAGGGUACUGGGUACCCAGAGGGCCCUGCCAGGGCGGCCGCCCGUCCCCUCCACAGCCCGCACCCAGGUGCUGUGGGGUGUGUGCCUCACUGGGCACUCCACGAGUUCUGGUCUGCCAUCCUGUCCAGGAGAGCCCUGGGCAGCCUCGGCCCCUUGUCGCCCUCACGCCACGUUCCCCACAGGGGAGCACCUGCGGAUCUGCCCCCAGGGCUACACCUGCUGCACCAGCGAGAUGGAGGAGAACCUGGCCAACCGCAGCCGCACGGAGCUGGAGACGGCGCUUCGCGACAGCAGCCGGGCCCUGCAGGCCACACUGGCCACCCAGCUGCACGGCAUUGACGGUCACUUCCAGAGCCUGCUGAAUGAGUCGGAGCGCACGCUGCAGGAGGCCUUCCCGGACGCCUUCGGGGGGCUGUACACGCAGAAUGCCCGGGCCUUCCGGGACCUGUACGCCGAGCUGCGCCUCUACUACCGCGGAGCCAACCUGCACCUGGAGGAGACGCUGGCCGAGUUCUGGGCCCGCCUGCUGGAGCGCCUCUUCAGACAGCUGCACCCCCAGCUGCUGCUGCCCGACGACUACCUGGACUGCCUGGGCAAGCAGGCCGAGGCGCUGCGGCCCUUCGGGGAGUCCCCGCGGGAGCUGCGCCUGCGGGCCACGCGGGCCUUCGUGGCGGCACGCUCCUUCGUGCAGGGUCUGGGCGUGGCCAGCGACGUGGUCCGGAAGGUGGCCCAGGUGCCCCUGGGCCCCGAGUGCUCUCGAGCUGUCAUGAAGCUGGUCUACUGCGCUCACUGCCUGGGGGUCCCCGGUGCCCGGCCCUGCCCCGACUAUUGCCGAAACGUGCUGAAGGGCUGCCUGGCCAACCAGGCAGACCUGGACGCCGAAUGGAGGAACCUUCUAGACUCCAUGGUCCUCGUCACUGACAAGUUCUGGGGCCCGUCGGGAGCAGAGAGCGUCAUUGGCAGUGUGCACAUGUGGCUGGCAGAGGCCAUCAGCGCCCUCCAGGACAACAAGGACACACUGACGGCCAAGGCACGGGGUCCUGUGUAG